GCCGCCGCCACUGUCGAGCUCCGCGGGGCCCCGAGUCCCAGCCGAGUGUCCUCGGAGCCGCCCGCCGCGCUCCCCGCGCCCCGCCGCGCUCCCCGAGCCGCCGCGCCUCCCGCUCGGCCUCCGUCCUCAGCCUUCCGCCCGCACCCGCCUUCACUCUGGAGCGGCCCGGGCAGCCGCAGCAGGGGCGGCGGCGGCGCAUCGAGGAGCUCUCCAGGUCGUCCCGGGAGAGGCUGCUGCAGUCCCGGGACAGGAUGUUUUCCAAGCUCACGUCCAUCCUGCAGCACGCCGUGGAGGCGCUUGCACCGUCUCUUCCAUUACAAGAAGAUUUUGUUUAUCAUUGGAAGGCAAUCACCCAUUACUACAUAGAAACUUCAGAUGAUAAAGCCCCUGUGACGGAUACGAACAUCCCGUCCCACCUGGAGCAGAUGUUGGACAUACUGGUGCAAGAGGAAAGUGAGCGGGAGUCUGGAGAGACGGGGCCAUGUAUGGAGUACCUGCUCCAUCACAAGAUCUUGGAAACACUGUACACCUUGGGGAAAGCCGACUGUCCUCCGGGGAUGAAGCAGCAGGUUUUACUGUUCUAUACCAAGCUUCUGGGAAGAAUCCGGCAGCCCCUGCUUCCGCACAUCAACGUUCACAGGCCGGUGCAGAAAUUAAUCCGACUGUGUGGCGAGGUGCUCGCCACACCGACGGAAAAUGAAGAGAUCCAGUUUCUCUGCAUCGUCUGCGCGAAGCUGAAACAGGAUCCCUACUUGGUCAACUUCUUUCUGGAGAACAAGUCCAAGUCGCUGGCUUCCAGAGGAACUCUGAGUGUCAUCUCAGCUGAUGUCCCCAAGAGUCAAGUUCCCAGGUCAGCAGACAGUAGCCAGUGCCACCAGCCGCAGGAUCUGCCCGGUGCUCCUGGGGUGGGGCACACGGAGCCAGAGGAAGAGCCCCCUCACCAGAUGGAUGAGCUGUCUGCAAGCUUGGAUGACCUCAAUGUCACCUCACUGCCAGAGGCCUCCGAGGGUCGGCCGAAGCAGGAUUACAACUUAGUGAAUUCUCUGUUGACCCUGACAAAGAGCCCUGACGGCCGGAUAGCCGUGAAAGCGUGUGAGGGCUUGAUGCUCCUGGUGAGCCUGCCGGAGCCUGCGGCUGCCAAGUGCCUCGCUCAGAGCACUUGCUUGAGCGAGCUGCUGACCGGCAGACUCGCCUCCCUGUACCAGGCCCUCCCUCAGUCAGUGGAUCCCUUGGAUAUUGAAACUGUGGAGGCAGUGAACUGGGGGUUGGACUCCUAUAGUCAUAAAGAGGACGCGUCAGCGUUCCCUGGGAAGCGAGCCUUAAUUUCAUUUCUUUCCUGGUUUGAUUAUUGUGAUCAACUCAUCAAGGAAGCACAAAAGACUGCUGCUGUUGCUCUCGCCAAAGCCAUCCAUGAAAGGUUCUUUAUCGGUGUCAUGGAGCCUCAGCUGAUGCAGACCUCCGAGAUGGGGAUCCUGACAUCGACGGCUCUGCUGCAUCGCAUUGUUCGACAAGUGACCUCGGACAUCCUGCUUCAGGAGAUGGUGGCCUUUAUCCUCGGAGAGCAGAGAGAGCCAGAAACGCUGUCAGAAAUUGGCAGGCAUCCCCUAAGACAUAGGUUAAUCGAGCAUUGCGAUCACAUAUCUGAUGAGAUUAGCAUCAUGACCCUGAGGAUGUUUGAGCAUCUUCUGCAGAAGCCCAAUGAGCACAUUCUUUACAACUUGGUCCUGAGAAACCUGGAGGAAAGGAACUAUACGGAAUACAGGCCUUUGUGCCCAGAAGAUAAGGAUGCAGUGGAGAAUGGGCUGGUGGCCGGAGCCGUAGAUCUGGAGGAAGAUCCAUUAUUUACUGACAUUUCACCAGAUAACAUUCUGCCAAACCAAGAGUGGAUCAGUUCACCCCAUGCCAGCCCAGACCACCCCAAAAAUGAUGGCAAGACGGAAGUCCAUAAAAUCGUCAACAGUUUCCUCUGUUUAGUACCAGAUGAAGCAAAGUCAUCCUACCAUGUCGAGGGCACUGGUUAUGACACCUACCUCAGAGAUGCUCACAGGCAGUUCCGAGACUACUGCGCUGUCUGUUUGCGAUGGGAGUGGCCCGGAGCCCCCAAACCACUGGAGAAGUGUGACUUAGAAGCAGCCUUCUUUGAAGGACAUUUUUUGAAAGUUUUAUUUGACAGAAUGGGAAGAAUUCUUGAUCAGCCGUAUGAUGUGAAUCUGCAGGUGACCUCAGUGUUGUCCAGGCUCUGCCUCUUUCCCCACCCCCACACCCAUGAGUACCUUCUGGACCCCUAUGUGAGCCUUGCCUCUGGCUGCAGAUCGCUCUUCUCUGUGAUCGUCAGGGUUGUUGGUGACCUGAUGGUGCGAAUUCAGCGUAUUCAAGACUUCACCCCCAAGCUUCUCCUAGUCAGAAAGCGACUACUCGGCUUGGAGCCUGAAGGCCAGAUUAUCGACCACAUCACCUUGCUAGAGGGUGUGAUUGUCUUAGAGGAGUUCUGCAAGGAGCUGGCAGCCAUUGCGUUUGUGAAGUACCAUGCUUCCGCCACACCGUGAGUGACAUCACCAUGAUCUCUGGGAACCUGCGUUAUGUGUACAUUUCAUCCAAGAAGACUCAGCUCCCCCCAGCCAUGAAAAGACAAAAACCUUGUCAAUGAAGUAGGAAUCUACUGCCUGACUGCUGCCGGUGAACAGUCCUGAUGUGGCUUCCCUGGCUCCGUCAUGAUUCUCUGUAUAAAUUGCACGUUGUUGAAACCCGGGAUGCAAUCAGAACUUGCGGAGAUAGCAUUUCCAGUGACCGAAAGCUGCAAAACUCCUGACGUUGGGACUUUGCUGCUACUUCUGUUAUUUUGACAUCUGACAGCAAAGCAUUUUGACAUUCUCUGAGACUUAAAUGCUUAUAUUCUUUUGUAUUAAUAAGCAGCAAAAAAUCACUAAUUUUAUAACUUUUUAAGGUUAAGAUUCUUAUCAUACAAAAUAUUUAAGAAAAUUGUAAAUGAGAAAGAAAUGUGGUUGAGGAGCCCUCAGAAGUCUCUCUAGGAGAUGAAACACAGAGAACAGCAUCAACUUCUUCAGUUUUUGUAAGAAAACAAUUUAAUAUGAUAAAGAAAGUAUUAAUUAAUAUAUAUUUUUAAAGAAAUGUUCUUUUACUCUUUUGUGCCACGUUCGUGUUGGUUUCCCUGUGUGGCUGUAGUUUACCCACACUCAGUUUGCAGCGGCGUUGGGCUCAUCCCCUCAUUGGUAGCGUCUGCUAAAAUAAUAUCUUGUAGAGCUACUUAAUACACACUGGGUUGAGACCUGCCCACUCCUUCUCUGAAAAUGGCUUUAUGAAAUUGUCUCGUAAUUGACUUUCUUAGUGGAGUGGGCGUGUCCAGGUGGGAGCUGACUGACACGUCUGAAGAGGCCGUCCGGGUGCCGAGGGCCUCUUACUGUUUACAUCUGCUUUCAUUUCGUUCCGUCUUUUGUCUUAAGAGAUUCUAAAGAGAUUUUUAAAAAGUCUUUCCGUGUUGAGUUCACACCUUAGAGGAUUUGAGGAGCCUGAGUGUGUCUGAGAGUGGCCUGGAUGCAGGAUGUGUAGGUGAGCCAAGUUGCAGGGCACAGCUGCGGGUCACGUGCUCAGCCUGUCUUUGCAGCCCCUCAGAUGUGGGGCUUCUGUGUUAAACGGCAGGUGCUUUCCUCUCUGCUGUCGGGAGGCUUGGCUCCAGAGGGUCCGCCUCCACCCCUCUGUGAUGUCACCAGAUGUGUGUGCAGGGCCACAGCCCCUGGCGUGUGCUCAGAGCUGCGUUUGACACUUGGCUCAGUCUAUUUGACUAGUUCACUUCUGUUGUAGUUCAGUUUCUGCUACUUAGAAACAAAACACUGACAGUGUGAAUAGCCUCCCUCAGGCUAGGGCAGUCAUCCUUGUCAAAACAAAACAACUAUGCAUUUCCAAUAGGAUGCAAAGUUCUUUGCUCAUUCAAGAACUCCUUUCUAACAACAGGAGACAGUGAUUCCCUGCGUGUUUUCCUUCUGUGGCUGUGAGUGAUGAGAAAUGGUUUUGUUGUAUUUAUUGACCAGUUUGUGCGAGAAUCACCGUAACACCUCCAUUUUUAAAUGUUGCUGCAGUCUACUUAGAUGAAGGUGUAUUAAAAAUAAGACAUUGAGAGGUAUCAGAUAUUUCUUAAUGCCUUCCUAGUGCUCAGUAGGUGUGGUAGUAAUGAGGUUACCUCCCAGACCAAAUACUUGUCCUUGACUUCCCUGCAGGACCUUAUUGCUCAUCCGCACAGAUGAGCUCAGUAAAGCUUUAACUAUAAUUUGUGUGUUUGCUGCUUCUGCGAAUAGUGUUUUCCUGAGUCACCGUAAUGACUUUGAUCUGUAACCAGCUAGGGUUGGUCGACUUCUUCUCUGUGUAAUUUCUUCUGCAUAUUUAAUUCAGACCUAGAGUCAGCACAAGUCAGAGAACUGAGUUGAUUUGUUAAGGAAACCAUAUGCCACAUCCCUAAGGCUUUUUCCCACAGUUCCAGAGACCUGGCUGUUUCCAGGAUUUCCACAGACCGGGUGCGUGGAAGUACCACCUUAGCCAAGUGGUUGCCAUGGUGAGUUCCGAACUGAACUCUACCUGCUCCGUGGUUGUAUAAAUAGGAAAUUGGUGUGCACAUUUUUUAUUUUCUAACUUUCUAGCAGCAGCCUUUGGGUUUAUUUUCAGCAACAAGCCAUUUUCACUUGACAAAAUCAGAUUUGUCGUUGCCAAUUUUUAUUACAGGGCUCACAUUAUAACUAUAAUGUUCUCAUACUGUAUCUGUGCAAUAUGAAGCUAUGGAUGGAUUCAUAGCUUUUUGGCUUACCUGUAUAUUACUGUGUUUGUACAUAAAUGUAUUUAAAUGUGUGUAUGUAUAUAUAUAUGUUUAUGGACCAUAUUUGGUCCAUAUGUGUAUAUGGACCAAAAUCCUUAGCUUGCUUACACUGUUGCUAGUGUAAGGAUUGUUACAUUUAAUUUUACAGGGCACAAAUUAUAGAAUGACUUUGUACUUUGAUGGUAAUGUCUCUAUAAGUUAUCACAUUACAGUUACCACUUAGUUUCUACGUUUACUGUGUAACAGAAGUCACAGUGAAAUGCUAAACCCACAAACUAUGUGGUAAUUGUACAUACUUGGAUUGUACAAUAAAGUAAAAUAUGCAUGUCAUCGUGACACUUGCUAUGUUAAGACAGAUAAUCCUACUUCUGGGCCCUGUAAAAUAUCAUCACUAAUACUCUGUUAGCCUCUGCCUUGUUUACAUUAAACAGGAUAUUUGAUACAUUUUUCUAUGAACAUCAUGUCGGUCACUGAUGGUGGUCACUGACGGAGAAGCUCUCAGAUGACUGUGUGCCUACCGUCCCUUCCUGGGAGGUGGAGAUCAGCUUUGGCUUUUGCGCUAACAGUGCAUGCAGGACUAAGAGGGAAAUCAAGAAAAUAAAUCAAUGUAAUUUAAGCAAAA